AUGAAGACCGCCGCUCUUUCUUUGCUCUUCGGGCUUGCCAGCCUCGCCACAGCCCGCACUGACCUGGAAGGCUGUGUCUCCUCAAUGGUCGUAAUCAACUACGGUGCCAGCUACCUCUGGUACGUCCCGGACAGCGGUGAAAUCUGCUCGUUCCUCGACUGUGGUGGUGGUCGCGCACCCGCCAAGUCCACCGUACCGGGCUGUCCUCUGUACACCGGCACGGCCACCGUCACUGCCGACUACAUCGAAGGCUGGGGACCAAAUGGCAAGCAAGCCGCCUCUACGACUACCAUCCAGUCGACCGCUUCUUCCGCUUCUUCCGCCGCUUCCCAGGUAAUCACCGCUCCCGCUGUGCAAACCACUGAGGCCUCCGUGUCGGAAUCGACUUCUGCUUCUGCGUCCGAUUCCGCCUCUGCCUCUGCCUCUGCCUCUGCUUCUGCUUCUGCCUCUGCUUCCCCCUCCGACGCGGAAAACACCAGCAUCCCGAAGUCCACCACCGGAUCCUCUGCGUCUGUGUCUCUCACUACUUCCGCAAGCUCAGCUGCUGGUAACGCGACUUCCGCCGCGCCGUCUAGCAGCCCUACCUUCAAUGCCGCCAAUACCCGUGUCGCCAACGGUGCUGGAGUCUUGGCCAUUAUGGCUGCCAUGGUCGGAGCUGUGGCUCUGUAG